UUGUCACCAGGAGAACGCUCGUGCUAAUUGCAGUGCUCAGUCACGAAAAAAAGGGAGCACGGUGGAACCAGGGAGAGAGAAAGAGAGAGACACACACAGUGUGAGAAGGACAGAGAGAGGGAGAGAGUGAGACAGAGAGAGAGAGGAAGGAGAGAGAAGAAAAAAAAAACUUUGAUUUAUAGAGGGGUUUGCACAAAUGAUGGUGCCAGUGCGCACAUGGAUUCGGUAGAAGUUUCACUGCCUGAGUGUUUCCCGCUACACUCUGAUCAAGAAAUGAAUUUAUCAAAGGCACAAGUUAAUAGCGAAGAUAAGUACGGCAAAUGCGCAGCGUGGAGAAUGCCCCAACAUUACGACCUCGAAGCCAGUCACGUGCGCGACGCGCAUGCUCUGUAUAACCAAAGGCUCCUCUGCAGAAUGUCAAGCAAGGACCGCCACAUUGAGUCGAGCUGCCCGUCCUACAUCAAGACAGAGCCCUCCAGCCCGGCGUCCCUGACCGACAGCAUCAACCACCACAGCCCCGGCGGCUCCUCGGACGCCAGCGGCAGCUACAGCUCCACCAUGAACGGCCACCAGAACGGCCUGGACUCGCCCACCCUGUACGGCCCGGCGGGCGGCCUGGGCCCCAACGCCGCCGCCGCCGCAGCCGCGGCCGCUGCCGCCAAGCGCUACGAGGACUGCUCCAGCACCAUCGCCGAGGACUCGCAGAUCAAGUGCGAGUACAUGCUCAACUCCAUGCCCAAGCGCCUGUGCCUGGUGUGCGGCGACAUCGCCUCGGGCUACCACUACGGCGUGGCGUCCUGCGAGGCCUGCAAGGCCUUCUUCAAGAGGACCAUCCAAGGGAACAUCGAGUACAGCUGCCCUGCCACGAACGAAUGUGAGAUCACCAAGCGCAGACGGAAGUCAUGCCAGGCCUGCCGCUUCAUGAAGUGUCUAACGGUCGGCAUGAUGAGAGAAGGCGUGCGGCUGGACAGAGUGCGUGGAGGCAGACAGAAGUACAAGCGCCGGAUAGAUGCGGAGAACAGCCCUUACCUGAACCCCCAGCUGGCCCUGCCGCCCAAAAAGCCAUUUCCCUUUGGCUGCCUUGCAGAUAACAAGAUAGUGUCCCACCUGCUCGUGGCCGAGCCCGAGAAGAUCUACGCCAUGCCCGACCCCACCGUGCCGGACAGCGACAUCAAAGCCCUCACCACACUCUGUGACCUCGCCGACCGCGAGCUGGUGGUCAACAUCGGCUGGGCCAAACACAUCCCAGGCUUCUCCACGCUGUCCCUCGCAGACCAGAUGAGUCUACUGCAGAGCGCGUGGAUGGAGAUCCUGAUCCUGCGCGUGGUCUACCGGUCGCUCUCCUUCGAGGACAAGCUGGUCUACGCCGAGGACUACAUCAUGGACGAGGACCAGUCCAAGCUGGCGGGCCUGCUGGACCUCAACAACACCAUCCUGCAGCUGGUGAAGAAGUACCGCACCAUGAAGCUGGAGAAGGAGGAGUUCGUCACCCUCAAGGCUAUAGCUCUCGCCAACUCAGACUCCAUGCACAUAGAGGACGUGGAGGCGGUGCAGAAGCUCCAGGAUGUGCUGCACGAGGCGCUGCAGGACUUCGAGGCGGCCCAGCACAGCGAGGACCCGCGUCGGGCCGGCAAGCUGCUCAUGACCCUGCCCCUGCUCCGGCAGACCUCCACCAAGGCCGUGCAGCACUUCUACAGCAUCAAACAAGACGGCAAAGUCCCUAUGCACAAACUCUUCCUGGAGCUGCUGGAGGCCAAGGUGUGACUCCGCCCCCCCUCCCCAGCUGCAGGCCCCUCCCCCAGCCACGAGAGAGGUGGGAGGGACUAGUCCCAGACUCCACCCCCUGUCUCCCCCCCUGCCACCGGGCAGAUGGUACAGCCCUCUGCCACCACUGGUGGGACCUUUGUCUAUAAACUGUAAUGAAUAAUGACAAGAAGCAUAACCCUAAACGGUACUCUUAACUAUUGAUGAUGACUAUACUUAUAAGAAUGACUUUAAAAAUGUGAUCACUGAGAGAGAGAGGGGAAAAAAAGAAUUAAAAUAAAAAAUGAAUGAAAAACACACAAACAAAACAAAAACAAAGAAACAAAGAGACUGCUCGAGUUGUUUAGCAGUGGGACUUUGAAAAACCGACUUUCAACUUCUCAGAUUCUAAUGCAGUUUUUUGUGCUAUGGAGACAUUUUGUUGUUGAUUUUCACAAAGAUUUCUGGAGCCGUGAAGAGAGCUGCCCUGCCAAAGGAUUGAGGUCCACACAGUGGACGUGUGCAAACAUCAACAUCCACCCAGUUCCCCCGCCCCCCCCCCCACACACACACACACCCACCCCACUCCCAACGACGCAAGAGUGGACUAGGCCCACUCCUCACAGUAACACCCAUCGCUGUCUACUUACAGAGUGCAGUAUUAACACUAACGUCAUUGGAGAGGUCAAUAAGUGGUAGCCAAACUGAGAUUUCUUUGAUUUUGAUUUAGAAUGCUGCUCAUCGUGUGUUUCUAUUUUUUUUUUUUUCUUCUCAGAUAUAGAUCUGUUGCAACCAUGUUGAUUCUUGGAUUGUUUUUUUUCCCCCCAAGUCUUCCAAAAUAAUUCAGACACUUUUAGCAAUUUUAUUCUUUUUGUUUUCAGGGAAUAUAGCCUAAAAUGUAUUCACUCAUGAAAUAUGACACCUGAGGCACUGCAAUCAACAAAGAACAGACUAACUUAUUUAUUAUAAUUUUAGUUUAUUUUUUCCUGUUUUUAUUAUAAUAGUGGGUGUAAAUAUAUUAUAGGAUUAUCAUGCAAGGUUUUGUUUAUAUUGUGUUAAUAAUUGUCCAUAUAUGAUUUUUCUAUGAGCUUUACCUACCACUUGCAGCGAUAACAAAUGACUUGUGAAAACUGCUAUUUUCUCCAAGCAAUAGACGCUUAAAUGAAGGUGCAUAUGUAUGCAAGUUCUGUUUGUCCCAGUUUGUGAGGAAUGUCCCAUGGUUCCAGAAGCCUCUCCUGCUCUGUCUGUCCUUGCUAGUACUGUCUUAUGAUUAAUUCCACUACAAAUGUGAGAUAGGCCAUACUCGUAGAGAGGAAAACAAACACACCCUUUUCCCUUUGUUUACCAGAAGUAUCAUCGCGAACAAAGAAACAAAACAACCACAAAAACAACAGCUUUUGCCGUCCAAACUCACCGGGAAUCUGAAUCCAGAGAUAUCAAAUCCAAAAUAGCACUUAGGGGAAAAAAGUUAACACAACCUAGUGUGGAGAAACGCUUUUAUUCCAGCUUGGUCUUAUUACCAUCCACUGCAACAGAGGAGGACGCCAACAUUGGUUGAGAGACUCUAGAGACUAGAGAGUCUGGAGACACUAGAGAGUUGCAAAGAUAGUCCAAAAUGUCAACUUUGUACAGUUGAAAGGCUGAGGGAGAAGGCAAGUAGACUCCAUUAUCCAUUAGAGCAAACCAGGCCGUAUUUGUAAAUGGGUUUCCUCCUGAACCUUCAUAAACAUUGUAUAUUGUAAAUGAAACAGAUUAUAAAUCUAACCUAAGACAUUUUAUUGGAACAAAAAGAAAAAAAAAAUACGAAAAAAAAAAGAAAAAAAUGUAGUUCAGCUUCUUGAUGUUUCAUGUCUGCUGUGUUUUUCUUUUUCCAAAAAAAAGAUCUUUUAUUUCCUUUUUGCUUCCCUUCUGUUAAAUUCAAAGAUGUUGUUGUGUACUUCUCGUGGUGAUUGCAGUAGUCGUGGCGUAUGCUUUUUUUAGACACAGGGUAGAGGUAGAGACAAUACUGGAUGUAAGAACCCUCAGGAGACCAUGGCGGCACGUUCUCAAAUAACUUUCUGGUAAAAGACUCUUCCUAGGUACUGCUAGAUCAACAGAUCCAAGAUCAAUAUAAUCUAUACCGAUGUAUAAGUGAAUAACAGUUAUUUAAAGGAAGGAACAAACAUAUAUAAAAAGGGAUAAUUUGUGUAACUCUUUCUUGUAGACUAACAAUGUAUAUCUUAGGUUAAAAGGAAAAAAAGCAUUUGAGUACUGCAGAACAGUAGCAGAAUUUUUUUAACAAACUCGCUGUACAUAAGGCCCUCCCUUCUAAACAACUCGGUUGUUAUAUUAACUUUACUCUUUGAGAUUGCAAAGGGAAAAAUACCUUUUUUUCUCUUUUGUUUUGGUGUAAACCAAUUUCCAAACUUAUCGCUUUAAAACUUUGUGUGCUUAAUAAAAUGAAGAAAAAAAAAUAAUGAAAAAGAACAGAUCAUUUUUCAAGUACACCGGGCACGGGUGGAGGGAGGGUUGUGGGUUUUUGAUUUCAUUUUUCUUCAGUCUUGUUCUCUAAAUGCUGUGUAUCUAUCAUUAGCUAUACAGAACUAUAAAUAGAUAGUGGUUGGGGAGAGGUAUCUGUAAUGUGAUUCUAGACCUAAUCAUCCAUAGAAACCCAUGAGAUGGUCGAUACCUGGAGGGCUUCUGCCGAGUGGGCGAAAUGUUGGCAAUAUUUACAUACACAACUCCUGGCUGAAAGGUGCUGAUUUUUCUUUUGUCUUUUUUUAUUUCUUUAUAUUUUUUCUGUCUUUAUGAUAUGAUAUUUAAAAACAACAUAUACCAGACAUUUAAGGGGAUGAAAGAUAGAACAUUGUGUCUCUCAACAGCGAUUUAAGCUGAAUUCAAUUUGAACUGUACUGUAGUUUAGGAGACAAAAGCAAUUGAAGAUUUUGAUCCUUCAAAGCCACGUAAUGUCCUCGACUAUUGCAGCCAGCAGUCUCAACCUGCUUCAAACUAUCUCCACCCUCAGAGGCACCAAUUUGUCAUGUAUACUUGAGGACAAUGCAGUUACCAUACGCGCAACACAUAGCAUACUGAACUAAAUUUUUUUGUAAAAAGUUGUCACCAUAUAUAUAUAUAUUGUUGGACAGCAUUACAACUCUUAUCAGCUUAAAUCAUUCUGAGAAGGUUUCGCUAUGUGUCUUUCAACACCUUACUCACGUAUACCAAUAUAGAAAGACGUUUAAAAAGUAGAGUAGCCAUACCUACGAUUUUUUCCAACAUAUUUUCUUAUUUAAAGCAAUAUGACUGUGCAACCACCAGCAGUUGCACCUCAUGUUUCAAUUAGAUCAAAAUGCAGUAUUUAACUGGAGUAUUUUGCAAUUAAGGAAUAGUAGGAUUAACGAAAAAUGUACAAAAACAACUGCUAUUUUUUAUUAUAGAAGAGGUGAAGGGCGUCGGUGGGUCUUCUGUAUGCACCAGUAUGUCUGUCUGCUGAGCUCAAAGGCGUUCGGAGCAGAAUGACAUGCCUCUUUGGGAGAUACCGAGAGACCGAGAGAGAGAGAGCGAUAGAGAAAAAGAGAAAGAGUCGAGAGGGCAAGAUGAAGAGGUGAAACAAGGAAAGGGGAAGCAUUUUCAACGCUUAAAAAUACAAUUAAAAUAAUAAUAAUAAUAAUGACGAUUAAACAAUGAAAUUUCCAACCAGGAGUUGCUGAAACAGCCCGUAGUGAGAACCAUGUGUGUAGUUCUAGAUGUGUUCCACAUCUGUAAAACGAUUAACUGUAUAUUUUUGUGAUGUGUAUCAUACGGUGUGCUCCAGCAAUAUGUCCAUUUGUGUAAAUGUAUUUAUUUUACAUUGUAUAUAUUGUUCAAUGCAAAAAGAGAGACCUAUGGUUCUGUAACUACGAUCAGUUCAGAUGUGUAACUCCAAUUAUGCCUUUCAGGAUGAUGGUAGAGCAAUAUUAAACAUGCUUCCAGU